CUUGUCGUGGGCGGGACCAAGGAAGACUCCUGGAAGCUCACGCAGCCAGGCAGAAGAUCGAAAUGGCGGCGCCAGCAGAGAGGAUGGAGGGGGAGAGCUCAGCCAAGCCUGCAGCUGAGGAUAUGACGUCAAAGGACUACUACUUUGACUCAUACGCCCACUUCGGCAUCCACGAGGAGAUGCUGAAAGACGAGGUUCGCACUCUGACAUACCGCAACUCCAUGUUCCACAACAAGCACCUGUUCAAGGACAAGGUGGUGCUGGACGUGGGCAGUGGGACGGGUAUCCUCUGCAUGUUUGCAGCCAAAGCCGGGGCCAAGAAGGUUAUAGGGAUCGAGUGCAGCAGCAUCUCAGACUACGCUGUGAAGAUCGUCAAGGCCAACAAGCUGGAUGACGUGGUGACCAUUAUCAAGGGGAAGGUGGAGGAGGUGGAGCUGCCUGUGGAAGGAGUAGACAUCAUCAUAUCAGAGUGGAUGGGUUACUGCCUCUUCUAUGAGUCCAUGCUCAACACAGUCAUUUACGCCAGGGAUAAAUGGCUGAAACCAGAUGGACUCAUCUUCCCAGACAGGGCGACGCUCUAUGUCACUGCCAUCGAGGACAGGCAGUACAAGGACUACAAAAUCCACUGGUGGGAGAACGUGUAUGGGUUUGACAUGUCGUGCAUCAAGGAGGUGGCAAUCAAGGAGCCCCUGGUUGAUGUGGUGGACCCGAAGCAGCUGGUCAGCAGCGCCUGUCUCAUCAAGGAGGUGGAUAUCUACACAGUGAAGGCGGAGGACCUGACCUUCACCUCCCCGUUCUGCCUGCAGGUGAAGAGGAACGACUACAUCCACGCUCUGGUCACCUACUUCAACAUCGAGUUCACCCGCUGUCACAAGAGGACCGGCUUCUCCACCAGCCCAGAGUCUCCCUACACCCACUGGAAGCAGACUGUGUUCUACCUGGAUGAUUACCUGACUGUGAAGACUGGAGAGGAGAUCUUCGGCACCAUCAGCAUGAAGCCAAACGUCAAGAACAAUAGGGACCUGGACUUCACCGUAGACAUCGACUUCAAGGGCCAGCUGUGUGAGAUGUCGAAGACGUCAGAGUACAGGAUGCGUUAGUGUCUCCUCCUUGUUAGUGUGUCUGUAGUAGAGGACAGGUGACGUGUGACUGGGAGUCUGUUCUAUAGUUUGACGCUCCCCUGCAGCAACAUUUUAAAGACUGUCGUUUUUUUUUUGUUUCCUUUCAUGUUCUUGUAUCAACAGUAACAGUAUUUAAAAGUUUUCACAUUCUUGGGGUCAAAGUGUGUUGCCGUGGUGAUUUCAUUGUGCAGUAGUCACUCAACAAAAUGUAUGUUUGACAUGUGCCUGGUGUUUGUGUCCAACAUCUUCCUGGGUUUUUCUUCUGUCCUUCUGCAUGUGUGAGAUCCAUCCAGAUAUGAGCUCACGGCCCCCACUCACAUGUCUGUGUGUGUGGUGUUACUGUCCAUUCACUUUGGCCCUUAGUGUGGUCCCUACGGGGCCCAGCCACCAGUCUGCCUCCUCCUCGUGUUAAUACAAACUGUAUGUAAGUGACAGAAGCUGUCGCCAGACACCUUCAGCCCUGUUCAGACCAAAAAUAGCCAUGUAUUAAAGUGAUGAUACAGAGGGUCUGUGUCGGUGUGAAUGUGGUGCUCCAGGAUCCAGAGUACAGACCAGGAAGUUAGUCCCGAUGUAGAGUUAGUACACACAGCCUGGUCUGACCCCAGUAGUGUGUUUACUAACAUUUAAUCAGCACAGUAUUGCUGAAGAACAAGACUGUGUUAACUGGCUCUAACCCAAACUAAUAAGAAAAAAAAACAGCAGUCAGGCCCAGAACAUAAAGACCAGGUCUUCAUCAUUGAUCCUAACUUGCAUCUGAAUGUUUUAGUUGUUUCUGCAGCCCAUCAGGGUCUGAGACUGGGACUGAGGGGAGCUGCAGGAGCUCAAAGCCACCCAGCUUCAUUUAACCAGUCUGUGCAGCACAAACCUCCUGUCUGUCCACACAGCUUCAACAUUAAAUCCAACACAGUUCAUCUGGAUGUUUACCAGAUGUGAGCAGCUCCUCUGUUUCCUGUGCGCAGUGCAUUGUGGGAGAACAGUGUGUUAACAGCGCAGUUUAGAGUAUUGUCCUGGCUGCUGUGAGUAAACUUAAUGUUGUACUAACAACCUGCUUACAUCCAGGAUGUAGGACGCAUUUAGGACACAGCAUUCAGUCAGACCUGAAGGGGGGGGGGGGCUGCUGCAGACCUGCACCUCUUUGUUGUUGGGCAUUCAUCAUGUGUAACAGCUAGAUUGCAGCAUUUGUACUGCACCAGCUACCUUCCUCAUUUGGCUUAUAUCAGACCACACACCUGAGCAUGAAAACUAAUUUACUGCUGGACCUGAACAGAGACAGGGCCUGGUGGGUCCAGAUCCUGAGGCCUGGUUCCAGCUGGCUUCACAGCUCUGUCAGGUGUCCUGGAGCCUGUGUGUGUCUGCGGCUGCUGAGUGUGAACCAUGGUUACCAUGCUGACACUCAACAGAUAGCUCUGACUCAACACUUUGAUUUUUCUCUUUUUGUAUUUUAUUUUGUUGUCUGCUGCUUUUUUUUGUUUUUUGUUUCUUUUUUUUUUUAAAUAAAACUAAUAAACUGUAACUGUAACUUUCCUUUCAUCUGCUA